AUGAGUCAACCCUUGAGGAGAGGCGUCGGAGCCCUCCCUUCGGCCCGUGCCCUUUCUCUCCGGGCGCGACAAGGAGCGCCGUUGCUGCACCGCGCAUGCCAGACCAGAGGCCUUCAAAUUCGCGCUGCCCCCGCGGAACAGCCUGCGACGGGCAAUGGUGAUAAUCUGCCCGUGGCUGGACCGCCUAGCUCGGCGGAGUCGAGAGAUGCUCGGUUUGAUGUCAUCGGCGCACCGCACUCCCUCCUAUCUGUCUCGCUAUCCGCCUCGCAGAACCUGUACACCCGACGAGGAACCUUGGUUGGAUUAAGCGGGAAGGCCGAUAAUGUGUCCUCGGCUAGCCCGGUGACGGCCUUGGUCUCCGUGCGAUCUCCGGUGACUUCUUUUGCUGUUGUCCACCUCAACGGCUCGGAGGAUUGGAUGGUGGCUCAGAGACGGGCCCUGCUUGCUUGGACGGGUCGUUCCCUCUCUGUCAAGCCGACUAUCAACACAAGCCUGAGCGUGGCUCACUGGGGUAGCUCCGAGGUCACCGGUAGAGGCCUGCUGGCUCUCGUCGGCACGGGUCAAGUGUAUUCGGUCGAGCUGAAAGACGGGGAACAAUACAUUGUGCACCCGAGCAAUGUCGUGGCCUACACCAUGUCCUCCAACCCCCCUCGUCCGUACCGCUUUAAAUCCACGACCCUGAAAUUCCAAGUCCCCGGCCUCAAAAGCCUGCCGAGACUCAUCCAAGAUUCCAAAUUCGUCCGAGACGUGUCGGGUUCGAAAGCCUGGAAAACCACAAUGAGCUAUCUGCACAAGCUCCGGACGUGGUCGCGAAUGACCAUUUGGGGAGAUAGACUCUUCCUCCAAUUCGACGGCCCUACCACUAUCCUGCUCCAAACCCGAGGCCCCCGUAUCAACGAAAUCCUCAGUUCCCAAGAAGUCAACGAGAUCGCCGACGCGCCGAGAGGCUUAACCCUCGGACCCGCGAAACCCGCCUCGGAAAAGGAAAAGAAGACGCCGUCAUCUGAAGACGUAGAGUUCCGCAAGACGGCCGAAAAGGCCAUCAAUGCCGCACCUGACGCGCCUACGAGGACGGUAGAAGAACUGGAAAUGGAAAUCAAGGGCGCGGGUCAGAAAAUCGCCCAACUGACCAAGGACGGCCAGGUGAUUUUCACUAAGCCCGAGCCAGAGCAGAAGAACUAA